CUCUCAAUUAUCAACAACCUCACUCUUCUAAACCUAAUAAUUCAUAUAAGCUUAUAAAACUUACGACUAUUAUCACCCUACUACAUCGAGCAAUACUCCUCAUCUCCAAUCCUAUUUCAACAGCCAAAAUGCAAUUCACUCUGCUCCUCUCCGCUCUGAUGGCAAUGAUCAUCUCAACCCUGGCCCUCCCUACCGGCGACACUCGUCUCGCUCAACUUCGCCUGUUCGGCGAACCUGGCUGCUACAAUGAAAACAUGGGCGAACUGGGCAUUUAUCGAUCGGCUCUCAACCAAUGCAAAACCUUCCCUGGCAACCAGACCAUCGAGUCUGUUAGCUUCGAAUACAAUGUCGCCGGCUGUGGUGUGCAAAUCUUCACUGAAGACGAUUGCUCCGCCGGCCAGCACAACGUCACCCUGGGACAAUGCCUCCAAGGCGAUGCCGAAUAUGUCAGCUACAAGUUGGUGUGCAACUAAGGGAUUGACUUCAUGAUAUUUUCUACGAUAAUGUCGAUGAUAUUUGAGUGGAUGGUGUAUAAUGAAUGAUGGAACAAUGUAUAGAGGAGAGGAAUGGCCACCUUCCCACGCAGUCUCGGGAAAAUAAUAAUUGUGUCUAUACGGCCAGAUGAUGACGAUGGAUGAUGGGACUUUAUGACAUGUUACGGUCGCGAAUGCUGUACCUAAUAUUUACUGCCUAUACGAAUGAUAUGCAAUCAUGCUUU